UCGGUUUGAAGUCAAAGCAAUUUUGUUUUCUUAUUUGUCGACUCAGUUCUUUAGUCAGUGCUUUGGGUGUUUUGAAGAAUAUAAAUCUUGGAGUAACUGUGUACGUUGCUAGACAGCGAAAAGCAGGAAUGCAGAGUACAACUUUUACAAGUAAAAUGCUUUCCGAAGAGGUAUUCACCUGUGCUCUUUGUAAAAAAUUACUCGAAGCACCUGUAAUGAUAGUUGAAGAUAUUGGCAAUAUCUGUAACACUUGCUUUACAAAUGCAGAUAACCCAGAAGAGUGGCAUGCUAUCCCUAAUACAAAAAUGGACGUUGUUUUAAAAGAACUUGUAUUUCCUUGCAUGUUUGAAUCGGAUGGAUGUGAAUACACGAACUUUUAUGAGCAACUACACAAUCACCAAACCAUUUGCAUGUACCGACCGAUUAAUUGUCUGUUGCCAAAAACGGAAUGCAAAUGGAACGGUAAAGUAAUGGAGUUAUUAAAGCAUUUUAAGGAUCAACAUCCGCAACAUAUUUUGAAAAAUUCAUUCAACAAAUUUUCUUUUCAACUCGAUAUUACAAAGACUCCUAUAAAUGUAAUAAAACUAUUACUAAACGGUCACGAAAAAAUAUUUCUCUUGAAAAUAUGGGAAUCUGGUGAAGAAAGAGGUUUAAUGAAUGCAAUUCAAGAAAUUAAAUUUAGCGGCGAAGGAAAAUAUGUGGGUGUGAAGUACGUUGGAAAAAACAGCCAAUACAAAAUAACAGUGGAUCGUGACCCUUUUCCCACUGUUGACAAUGCCAAAAAAAUCUGUGCUGCAAUUUUAAAUGAAGUCUCGGACUCGAAUACUAACAACAUUACAGUGACAGUGAAAAUCGAAACUGGCAAAGUCCAAAAUAUGACUGAGGCGGUAUUAAAACAACUCGAGUGUUCCGUUUGCAAGGAGUUAAUGCGUCCUCCCAUUAAUCAAUGCCUGUCUGGCCACAGUUUUUGCAAUUCCUGCAGACAGAAAGUGACUCAAUGCCCCACAUGUCGUACAAAUUGGAGUGACGUUAGGAACUAUUCUCUUGAGGGAGUCACCCCGUCUGUGCUAUACCCAUGUGUGUACAACCACGUAGGAUGCGAGGGAGCUUUUCUGGGAAAUGACAUUGACCAUCAUGAACGUGUGUGCGAAUUCAAAAUUUACACCUGCCCAAUCAGUGAUUGCAAAUUUACCGGCAAUUACUCGCUAUGUGUGAACCACUUCUUUCUUAAUCACCGAGAAUUCUUGAUUGAAUCAACAGUUUUUCAAGAAACUUUUACUCCAAUUGCGAGCAACACCAUGGAAUUAAAAUAUAUCUUUGAACAUGAAAAUAUGUACAAGUUUACUUUUCAACGUUUAGCCAGUAGCUGCAACUGGUACGUUCGCAUUUUGAAUGAUUAUGAUAAAAAUCGCAGAUAUUAUUAUAACAUUACUAUCACAGAUGCUCAAGUGCAGCAGAGGAAAAUUUCUAAAUCAGUAGUCUGUUUAAAUAAAGACAUUGCAAAAAAUAGUGAUGUUGGUAUCACUUUUUCAUACGAUGAUCUUAGUACCUAUAAAAAAACAAAUAAUGAUCAAAUUAAUUAUUGUUGCGAAAUCAGAGAAUGUGAGGUGUAAAUCUUUUUAUACUCCUUUGAGUAUAAUUUGCAUUUAGAAUUUUGUGCCAUUUUAGUUUGUAACAAGUUAAGUUUACUUUGAAUUUGAAUUUUUUUACCAGUAAUUCGUUUUUAUAUUACAAUUUAUUUUCAUUUCGCUUUUACGUUUUCUUAGUUCAUACUUAUAAUUAUGUACUUUAAUCACGUUUGUGGUGAAUUUAGUUUUUAAGAUUUUGGCCGAUUUUGU